AUGAUAUUGUUGUACAUAGAAUUUCAUCGCAUCCGGGAGAGAAUGGACAUAUAAUAGACAUGUCAAAUAUCAAGGUAAUGUACCGUGAACAUAUAACAAAUGGUACAUUUGUCAUAUCGGAGGAUUUAGAUGAUUCCUAUGAAGUAUAUAUGGAGGCCUAUGUGGAUGAAACGUUUUCCUUUCCGAAUAAGAAGCGUUUGCCGUUGGAUGCUAACAAGAUAGGAAUCUGUAAAGGAACGAAAGAGUUCCUUAAGAAAUAUACCUAUACGUAUUUAACACAAGGAGUCAAUACAGAUUUUCCCCUCGAUGGCAGCGAGUGCCCCAUACGAAAGGGAACAUACUAUAUUAAGGAAAUGAAUCUGGAUGUGACUCCCUUUCCCGAUGAAAUGCCCCUUGGUUUUGUAAAGGGAAUCCUUUAUAUUGUAAAAGGUGAUCAAAAACUGGGUUCUAUUGAAAUUUUCGUCGAAAUUUUUAACUCCGAUUGAGUAUAAAUAAGUCGUUAAGGUGUUUGUAGCACAGAAACGAAAUUAAAUGUUAA